AUGGCUGCCAUAUACGCUAUCUAUACCUCGCCCAAUCACCCGCCGAUACCCAACCAUCUGCCUACGCUCAUCGUAACACCACAUGGGCAACCUGCUAACAUCCUCUACUCGUACUUACACACCAAUUUCAAUGCCGAAAACUACCUAUUGACGCCCUCGCCACAGGGUGACCUCUGCGUUGCCAAGCUCUUCCCUCCACGCCCCAACAACGCGCCGAACAAAAGCGCAGCAUCGGACCCCGGCCAUGGAGGAUCGUCAUCCAAAGUAGUCCGAUGCGAGGCUUCUCGAAACCUCAAAUGGUCCAUCACAAACACCGGCGUCAUAUCCCCCAUCUACAAGCUCGCCCUCCCGUCUCCAGACUCGCCCGACCUGCCGCUGUUCCAGAUCUCCAAGCCCAAUCCGAACGCAGCGUUCUGGACCAUGUUCUACUUUGCCUACGCAGGGCACAAUAUCCCGCCAAAGCGCAUCGAGUUUGGCAAGAUCCAGAAGAACCCGCCCGGCCCGAACGGCGGCGGCACGCGCAUCACUAUCUCUGGAAAGACGCCCGAGGAGAAAGCUGUGUGGCAGACGCUUGGCGAGGGUAACGAGGAUUGCGUCGAAUGGGUCGUACUCUGCGCCGCGCUAAACUUGCUCGACGACGAGAUCAUCAAAGCGGCUGAAAAGGGUGGUUCACCUGCAGGAACUCCUAACGGUGGAAUUCCAAGCGCCUCACCUGCUCCUCAGCAACGAGCGCCAGUUCAAUUACACGACGGCCCAGUGCCUGCUGGCCCACAAGGUGCUCGUGGCCCUCCACCUCCUGGCCCGCAUGGGCAGCAACCGCCGCAGAUGCGUGGCCCUCCGCCGCCCGGCAUGAGGGGCCCGCCUCCGCCUGGCCAUCCAAACGCUAUGCCUCCUCAAGGUCCGCCCAACGGGAUGCCACCCCCGAUGCGCGGUGGGACACCAAUGCAGCAAAUGCCGCCAGGUGCUCGCCCAUACCCUAAUGGACCGCAUCCCGGCCAGGGCCCGCCUCCGCAAGGAUAUCCUCAGCAAAUGCGUGGCCCGCCACCGCCGCACAUGCAGCAGCAGCCUCCGCCGCAAAUGCGCCGGUUCUGA